AUGGCACAACCGCCGCCUCCCCCAUCACACUCCUCGACGCCGCUGUCACCCAACAGACCGGAGAGUCUCCUCCCUGAACUGUCUCCGCUAGGGUCGGCAUGCCGCGGCGACGGUGCCCCCUACGUCCAGCGGGAAUCACCAGUUGGAAGCAGUGAAACGGAAGCCGGUUUCUUCACGGACUCAGGUACGCUACAAUUGCAAAAGUCCAGCUACCGUGGGAAACGAAACUUCAUUUACAUUUGAACAAACAGAAAUCAUGAAAAUUUUAAAUUUACUGUCUUCUUUCCGAGUUAACUAAUUAUCUGGCAUGUGAUGCAGCUUGCAUUGAUUGUUUAGCAGUGGUCAUAUAGUAGGUGGUUUAACUCUUAAAAUGCCAUGGUCGAAGUUUGAGGGAGAAUAACAUUUCAUGAGUUAGGACACUUAGUGUGCCUUGAAAUCACUGGUAUCGUUUUGUCCUAAUAUAAGCAUAUUUAUAGUUUUUAACUUAAUUUGGGAACCAUUUAUUGAAAGCUAAUGAGUCCGAUUCGAAAGAAUUGCUCAAAUUGAGUUUUAGAACUGGUUAACUUCCAAAACAAUCCAAAGAUAUUUCAUUUGCGCUAAGAUCCUGGUUUGUAAAUGCGCGUAUUAGCGUCCAUAUGUAAAAACUGAAUCAUCUAAAAAUGACUACUCAGGCGAUAUGCAUUUUACUGUUACUUUCUGAUAGUCAUCUAUAUCUAAAAGUAUUUAAUGGAAAGCAUGUGCAUAAACAUCCUUUCUCAUACUCAGUUUGUGAAAAAAUGACGUCCAGGCUUAUAAAUAAACAGGCAAAUUAUUUCACUUAGCGCCCUUAAGGUGCUUCCAUGUGAUCUUAGAUACUGUCAGGCGUGAUUGGAACGGUGCAGUUUAUUUGUAGGCGCAAAUAUUUAUGUCGGACAUGGCUUUAAUUCUACGGUCAAACAUCGUAUAGAACCUCAUAAAACACACUCAUAUAUCGUGUCUACUUAUUUCAUUUGCGUAGCAUGAUACACAUUAGUAGGCAAGAGGGGCAGGAUUUAUUGGUACCAAAAAGUUUCGCGACAGCUCUUCAGCUGCGUCCUGUCGCUUCAUAAGAGCACGCAAAGGCAGUUGGCAGCCAGGUCUAUUAAGCCCCUGCCCAAGUGGCUCCUAAGACAACAUAAUAAAAUCCCGCGUUCCUCCAUUACGAAACACCUACUUGAUACUGGUCACUCCGUCGACCCCAAAACUUCCUUCCGAGUACUUGUUCGGGCCCGAACAACUCGGACAUUGCGUUACCUGGAGGCAGCCUAUAUACGACGAGUGAAAACAGAUCUUUGUAAACAAUUGGAACACGUGGUUAAUCUUACAUUGCCAUGGUAGCCUCUAGCUCCAUGAUUCCCCCUCUCUCCUCUCAUUUUUGCUCUUUAAGGUUCCCCUUUUUUCACUUUCUUCCCCUACGGUGUUUGUGUUACUAGCUUUAUCGAUUAGCCAGGUUUGCCCAAAACCCUGACCUUGCUGUUACUGCAUUGAUUUUCUGCACGAAUUCAAAUCUGUUGUAUUCUUCUCACUCGUUAUCUCUCUUAUGAAGCGACAGGACGCAGCUGAAGAGCUGUCGCGAAAUUUUUUGGUACCAAUAAAUCCUGCCCUUCUUGCCUACUUCAGCUUCGUACCGGGUACAAAAUGCUUCAAAUACACAUUAGUAAUAAUUUCUGGUCACAGAGGACAAAAGACACAUCACCACCUCUCUGCAGAUUUGUACCUACCUGUACCCACCUAUAUUACGGGUGGGAUUUCUCUAUAGUCCAGAGGGACCAGAGCUACAGUUAAGGCCAAUGACGAGUUAUGGGUAAGGUUGGAGUUAGGGUUAGUGCUAAGUUUAGGACACGGGAAUAGAUACCCAUGCUGGAAUUCUGCGCAAAGCCACAUACAGUACGGUGUGCGGGGUCCUAAUUUCGUGUCUGACCGUAAAAAACCUCAUUUGAUUCGAAUGCCUAUUUAAAUGUAAUAGUCGAGCUGAAAACAAGACCCUGGUGAGGUACGUGUUUUAGCAGUAAAUUCUCAGAGAUUUCCCUAGUGUCACCAUACUACCUCAGUCAAAUUAGUAGCCAUGGUAUAUGAAUCAAGUCCACGUAUUUUCCUAUUCCAGUGUCUUACAAAUUCAGCCAAUAGGAUUACUGUAUUAUCUGAUAGUUGUGGUGGCCGAACACCCAGUCCAAAGGAAAGAAUACAGCACUUUAGUAUGGGUGCCAACAACACAGCAAAUGCCAUGUCAAUGGCCUAAGGAUUGUGAGCGUCGACUGUUCCACGAUUCAGUAAGACAUGGCCCUCACAACCUGGUGCGCGCUGGCAAUUCUCUGGCACCUGGUUCCACCGCCAGCAGAUGCCUUUGCGCUCCCGUUGGGUAUACGGCUCGUGUGCAUAUUAGCCCAGUCAUCCUUAUCGUCUUUCUGGCCCGUUCUGAUGCUGUUGCUGGUUAAAAUCCUGGUCAUUUGCUGCGUGGACCAGGGAGUGCGGUGUGAGCCUACGUGCGGGACCUCUCCCGCACCUCCGGUCUUCUUGACUAUGUCUUAACAACGGGUCUCGGUGGGAGAGGAGGAGAGAGUGCGGUAGGUGCUACGCAAGUCUGAUUACUCCAUAAACUGAUUAAUGCGCGAGUCAGUCUUCCUGCCUCAUCUUGCUGUGGAGCGCACGGUGGACACCGUCGGUCGUCUGAGUGCGGAGCGAAAAACUUUACUUUAACAUUCAGUUAAUGCUAGGGGACAGAACGGUAUUCCGCAAUUUCAUUAAAAAAGCUCAUUUUGCAGUCCAGUUUACUUCUCGGAUAUUCUCUCCUACCGAUCUGUCCAACUGCAGCAAUUGGAUGGCUCCAGAAGUAAUCAAGCACUCAAGACAGACAUUAUGUCCACGUCUAGCAGAUCCUUGGCGGUUGACUGUCGAAGUUUACUUCUACUGUUUUCCUAAUUUUUUUAUGUGGUCUCCGCAUUAGCGUUCCGCAGGGUAUUUCUUCAGAUCCCUACAUUGGAUAACAAGACUUCGGUAACGAUAUUGCGUUCGGCGCCACCCAAAAAAGAAGCGCUGCAACCAAUGUAGUGAGGGAGAAUGUAAAUAGGUAUUUUAUGGGUGGGGUCGAUCGACGUCUGCGGAAUCUGCGGAAGGUAUUAAGAAAACCCGCAUUUCUGACACAUAUUUAUUACAGUUGUAGAAAUUUCCAUGGCAGUAUUAAGAAGAUAAGUUGCUGUCGACAGACUCUUGUCGGCCGGUACAUUUAUAGAGUAACCGGUAGAAGUAAAGACACGGUUGGAGAAGUCGACUGCAGUUCGCCUUUAAACACAGGCGGGGUCUGGGAAUGGGGGUAAUAGCGGCCAAUGCCACGGCCGGGUUGAAAUCGAAAGGGCGUGCAAAGUUUAAAGGUUAGUCACCUUUUGACCACGCCGGGUACGGAGCCUGAACGGGGUUCUUCUGCGAGCAUUAGGUAGGUUUUCGUAACUUGAUGGCGGUCGUUUCUGCUGUUCCUAACAGGUGCUGACCUAGUAGCGUAGGAUAGUUCAAUGGGAUCUUACAGAUCACACGAAAAGCUUCGCCGCGGUUUACGCGAUGUUCGGAAUCAGCAACAUGCACAAGAUUGGCGCCGCUUAUGCUUCUAGUUUGGCCUUUUUCCAGCCAAGCCGAGGGGGUGAUCUCAUAGUCUUUUGAUUAGGGUUUGACUCGUGCGAACUAUUUGACCUGCUUUACUGGAGCGAGUAAAGGAGUAAAUGUACAUGGAGGUUAUCUGGUUUGGCAACCUAAUUAUCACUCCAACGAGAUCCCAAAUCGGACUGUACAAUUUGAAAAGGUGCGUAUUUAUAGAGCGUAAACGGGCUGAAACAGAUAAUCCGUGGUUAUCGGUUAAUAUUGACUGGAUUGGGUAAGACGCCAUGCGACAGGCGAAGUUAACCCUAUCCUGAGUUACGAACCUCUCCUCAAUCUUUAUAUGCAACCUAAUAUCGAACUUAGAUCCAACACUAACCCCAGCCCUAAACGCAGUCAUUAUCAUAAGUUUUAACCGCAGUCGUAGCCCUAACAAGACAUUUCAGCGUAAUUGAAGGAGGUAGACAUACCAGGUUAGCAAAAGUAAGAAAUCCGGGUCGGUAAUCUGAGGAUAAUGAAUUGCUUACCAGAUCGGGGGACUUUUCUGGCUGACGUUUCGAAUACCUGGGGCUGCUCUCCAUUGUCAAAGUGUGAGGUGAAAAAAUCGAUCAGAAUUUUUGAAUAGACUGCCGGAUUAGUUGGCCUAGGGCUGAUCGACUUUUUUUUCCUCUUUCACUGCUUUGGCCUAUUGGCCGUCGCCUGUGAGUGUUGGUGGCCUCCUGUAUUAUGUGUCGUCACCUCAAUUGGCGUUAGUUGCGCUUGCGUUCCUCUUUUGGGUGAAGUGGUCAACAGGUCGUGUUCGCUCGGUAUUCUUAGGCUCCGUAUGAUUGUCUUGUCCUCGUCAUAGUGUAUGUAGUGAAGUAAGACUUUAUAGGCCGAAGGAAGGUCUAGAUGCCUGUUGAUGGAGUUGGUAUCUGAGUCCUUGAGGUGCCCCUGCCUAAGACGGCAAGGAUUGAGCGUCUCACAUUUGAGGCUUGGUACCCAGAGGCCAACUCCAUCAACAGGCAUCUAGACCUUCCAUCGGCCUAUAAAGUCUUACGUCACUACAUACAUUGUGACAGGGACAAGACAAUCAUACGGAGCCUAAGAAUACCGAGCGAACACGACCCGUUGAACACUUCACCCAAAAGGGGAACGCAAAUGCAACUAACCCCAAUCGAGUUAAAGACACGUAAUACAGGAGAACAAAAACACUCACAGGCGACGGCCAGUAGGCCAAGGCAGCGAAAGAAGAAAAUAAAUCGAUCCGCCCAAGGCCAUCUAAUCCGGCAGUCUAUUGAAAAAUUCCGAUCGAUUUUUGCACCUGACGUUUUGACAAUGGAGAGCAGUCCCAGCUCUUUGAAACGUCAGCCAGAAAAGUUCCCCGAUCUGGUGAGCAAUUAAUUUUCCUCAGGUAGACAUCCUAGGAAUAAGUCACAUGUGGGAUUACAUACGCUAGCCCUAUCAAGACGUCACUUGAUACACUUCAACCGUCUUUCGCUGCAUUGUAGAGUCCGCAACAAACGUCUUUGACAAGUUUAAAAAGCAUGGCACCGCGACCUCUUCCACAGGACUGUCAGAGCUCAAUUUCAAGGCUGCCCGCGAAAACAUGGCCUCCUUUGUGGUGACGCUUUUCGAUGCCAGCCAUUCCCUACCUCCAGCAGAGAUGCCUCACAAGAGAUCAAAGCAACUCUGUAUCGGUGGAAUGGACUACUUUCUCUCUGAUGAGAACUGA